AGCUGCCUCAUCUAUUCCCCUCACUUUCCUCCCCUGCUUGUCUGUCUGUCCUCUUCCGCAGGACACGAGGGCAGUCAAGGGUACCCCAGAAAGAGUCCUCCAUAGAAUAAUAUCCUUGGCUCUAAGCCCAGGGAGAAGGCCACGGGAAAUUUCCCUAUUUUAAUCGCGCCCAAAUGCGUACCUCCGCCACCCCACCCCCACCCCCGGUUUCGCUGGGAGUGUCAUGGAAAGAAACUGAUGAGAGCGUCAAAAAAUCUGGUCUAGCCUGCCUCGGUCUGAACCUCGGUAUCCUUAUCAGUAAAAGCGGAAAGGAGGAAAAUGCAUAAAUCAUCUCUCAGGAUGCUUCCAUAGGAUCUCUUCUCAUUGCCUGACCCGAGGUCUUAGAGGCGGAUUUCGCGUUUCCAGACACCUUCUUCACAAAGGAUUUUCUGAUCUCCCCCUGCCAGUGAGUUGCCGGGACCUGAAGCAGUCAUUAGCAAAGCUUGAGGAGGCGGAGGCUAGCGUCUCUGCCCCGGGGGACCAGCUCCGGCCAGCGGGGCCAGAUGACGAUCAUGUGACAUGUAGGCAACCUGGCUGGACCCUAGGAGGGGCCCAUUCCUGCCCGGGCUCCUCCCUCUACUCUGGCUUCCCGCGGGCCCCCAGCCCCAUCCGGGCCUGCGGGAACCAGCUUGUUUUAUCUAAGGAAGUUCCAGGCAGGAACACCCAGCUCCCCUGCCCUGCUGUCCACUGGGCACAACUCUCCCAUUGCCCUAGCUGGCUACAGAACGCAGGGCACCCCGUCUGCAGCCAGGAAGCUGCUCCCCCAGCCGGGGGGCUCCAGGAAGCCGAGGGCCAAGCCUAGACCCAUCCGAGGGGUGGAGAGGUUAAUCAGUGACAGAGGACAGCGAUCGCCUGGGCUCUGCGCUGGGGUAGCCUGAACCCUUCUUCCAGACGGCUCCUGCAUGGCCAACCCUUAGGCAUCUGGACCAUGGAAUCCUCGGUGAAGUUGCUGGUCUUCCUGUCCUGCCUGGGAGUGACUGCCCCGCUCUGCCAAAUCUCCCCCGCAAACAGCAGCCUGGUGGGGAGCGCCACCCAGCAGCUCCUGGGAUGGAUGGACCGGAGAUCCCCUUCGGAGCUGAACCCCAGCAUCUAUGUAGGGCUGCGCCUCUCCAACCAGCCAAGCCGGGACCAGGAUGACCUCUAUCUGAGCAGCCUCAUUGUCCAUUACCAGCAGGCUUUCAUCAGCCUUGCACCAGAUCACCAACACAAGCCUUCCAUGGGCCAGCUGGCCUUGUACCUGCUGGCUGUGCGGGGUGGCUGUAAGGAUGUCAACACCCGGAAAGGAAACAAGCUGGUCACCCAACUCAAACGUUACCUGGAGGAAGAGAAGCAUCUUAUAGGGCAUGAGCACAGGGGCCACCCUCUCACCAGCUAUUACCAGUACGGCCUGGCCAUUCUGGCGCUGUGCAUCCAUGACAAGAAGGUGCCGGGCCACGUGGUGGAGAAGCUGCUGCACGCUGCCGAGCACGACGUCUUCCUGCACAGGAGCCAGUACUCUGUGGACACAGCAGCAAUGGCGAGUCUGGCCUUCUCCUGCCUGCAGGCCUCUGACCUCAACCCAGGCCUGGAACCUUGGAUCUUCAGGGCCUUAAAGCACGUGAGGGACAAAAUUCUCGAAGAAGAAACCCCAGAAGGUUACUUUGGAAACAUAUACAGCAGCCCUCUGGCCCUACAGGCCCUGAUGGAAGCCCCUUCGCCUGAGUCAGAGCUAGCCUGCCUCCGAGCUGGGGACGCUCUUAUAAAGGGCCUCGAGGAAGGGGCCUUCCAGAACCCCAUCCCCCUGUCCCAGCUGCUGCCUGUCCUGCACCAAAGGACCUACCUCAGCCUCAUGCAGCUGGACUGCAGUGAUGAAAGAGGUCUCCUGGAAGCAGACACCGCCAUCCCACUGACUGAGGAGCCACAGAACAUUGAGGUCAGGCUGAGAGUCCAAACAGAUCCCCAGCUCAUGUUCCUUCAUGACCAGCAGUACCUUGUACCUGAGGGGGCCACACUACAGGAUGUCCUGAUCAAGGCCCAGGAGGAGGGCUGGUUCACGUAUGAAACUGAGAACACCUUGUCUGGUCCCUUUGUAACCUCGGUGAUGGGCGUACACCCCGGAGAACAGCAGUACUGGCAGCUCCUCCGUGCCCCAGACACGCCCCUGCUGCAAGGUAUUGCCAACUACAGGCCCCAGGACGGAGAGACCAUCCUUCUGAGCCUGGCCAGCUGGUAGGGGAGGCUGUCCCAUCAUCCCAUGGCUCCGUCAUCCAGAGACCUAGCCACUCCCUUUGGCCUCUGCUACCUUGUGUGCAGGAGAGAAUGGGCAGGGAGAGACCUUUUUCCGAACCCAUUGCAAUCCCCCCACAACCAGCUAAGGACAAAUGAUGUCAAACCCUGAGGUUAGACAGUGACCACAGAAGGCAAAGGAAACAGGAAUCCUCCCCCCCGCCCCUUUGCCUAGCUGUCCCUCUGUCCCUACAACCCUUCCAGAUCCAGAGACAUCCACCCCCUGGGACCUCCCAUCUGGAGACCCCAGUGUGUCUGCAAAACUAAGGUCCCUGGGCCCCUGCCCUGCCUUCAUCCCACCUUCCGUGGCAGUCUAGGUUCACCAGGUAGAGAAUCUGGUGAGAGUCACGUUGUAACAACCUUAGCGAUCCAGCUCAGGCCCUCACGUUACUGAGGAGGAAGCUGAGAACAAAGCAAGGAAAGGUCAUGUGGGCAGGGGAGGAGACAGAGUCAGGAUCUGAACUCAGGUCUUUAGACUCUCAGUCUAGUUGUCUGCUUGCUUUUCUGGGCUGCACAUCUCAUGGACCUGCUUCACAGAUGAGGAAACUGAUGCUCCAAAAGAAGAA